GGGCGUUGUGGCGUGCGCCUGUAAUCCAGCUGCUUUGGAAGUCGGGGUUGGUGGAUCGCUUGAGAGCGGGAGUCCUGUAUGUCGUCGGUCUAUGGCGAUCGGGCGUCCGCGCUAAGCUCGGCAUCGAUAUGGUUACUUGGUCGGAGGAUCGGGCAACCAGGUCGUCUAAGGAGGGACGUACUGGCCCAGGGCGGAAACGCAGCAGGCAAAAGUCCCCGUGUGGAGCAGUAGUGGGAUAGCGCCUGUGAAUAGUCGGCGGCUUACAGCCCGUUCAACACAAUCACUUUGCGGGGAUCUGUCUCCUUCCAGAGGUAGUUUUGGACAGCUAACAUCCCCCACCAUGCCGAUCUCUUCCACCCGAUCACCACCGAACACAACCCGAUCUCAGUAUCGGAUCAAACGAAGCCAACUUCGGCUAAUCCGAUCCGGUCGGAACGAACAGACGAGUGACUCGAAUUCUUCCCGUGAUGUCAGCUUACGGAGCAGCGGGGUGGCUAUGUCGUCGGACGCGUCGACGGCUUCGAUCACGUGUUCAGCCAAACCAAGUUCAGUGCCUCAACCGAGACUCUUAGGGAGGCGAUGGAGAUGUGAGACCCCUGUGCCUCGCGAUGACGCUGAUGAUCUUUCCGAUGUCGACAACCAGCUUACCAAAGAGGACACAUUAAACCAACGCUGUCGACUCGAUAACCUCGUCAACGAACCCGAUGUCGAUCUCCUUCACCAGAGGCUUCCCAGCAUUGAUCAGCGACCCGUUUCCCGACACGUUGUCUAUACCGUUCAGUACGACGGCAAGACGAGUGACAAGACGAAGUCAUCAAGUACCAUGUCCGCCAUAGUUUCCUCGUCCUUUGAUUCACCGCGUACUUUAAGAGAGAAAGCGAUGCACAAGGACCUUCGAGAAACGGUGAGUACGACCAAGCUGUCGAGACAAGAUAGAGACAUCAAAGUGACGUUUGCGAGAAAGACAACGUUUCCAAGCGAUGACUUCGUCGAUGAGUGCACAAAGAAUCGUAUUUUAUCUUGGUUGGAAAAUGUAGAGACAGCUCAGAUUGAAGAUUCGAUUGAUUCUAAAACCUUGACGGCCAUCCAAGAAGAAGCGCUCUGACUGAAAUAGACUUGGUCACCAUAAACAUAAUGGACAUUAACUUGUUUUAACAUUGGAACUUUUAUUUUAAUUCUGAAAUAAUCGUGUUCGCCCUUUUUACCCAAGAUUUAUGAAACAUCCAAGAGGAAUAUUCAGGAGACAGCUGUACUUUUCAAUAGUACAUAAUGCUUAUUUUUCUAUAAUUAUUAUCGUUCUAUUUUAACGAAAUUGCUGCUCAGUCAAAAUGAUGAUCACCAAUCAUAUUGCCUCAAUUAUGCUGCUAUUUUUCAGCUGUUUGAGAAUGAAUUUGAUUAUGUAGUUUGCUGCUAAAUAGUAUAUUUUAUUUGGAGAUGUAAUUUGUCACGAAAUGCCAAUGCAGGUACAAAUUAAGCUUAUGAAAAUAUACCUUGUUUUACAUUGAAUAUGUUACAGUAUGUUUUAAUCAAAACAAGUUUCGUUCUAUAACUGUUUUACAUUUCAGCUAAGAAGGUGGUUACAUUUUGUUUACAUUUAAUGUUUAUCUCCUUUUCUUUGCAAUUCUCAACCAUUCCGAUUGCUC